UAAAGAUUACAGUACAAGUUGUAGAUAGAUUUAAAAUUUCGGGAUUUUGUAUUUUACCAGUUAAAAAUACCAAUUUUACGUGUACUUUUAAAUUAGAUUCGUAUUCAAAACUAUAAAACAAUUUAUAUUUAUUCCGGGAUACUCAAGGCUAGGUUAGUACUAUUAAAGACAGGAUGAGUUGGGAAGAGAAAAAAUACUUGGUAACUCGUAACCUGCAAGAAGUUUUAGGUGACGAAAAAUUGACAGAAAUUUUGAAGCAAAGAGAUUUAAAGAUUUAUUGGGGAACAGCAACAACUGGUAGACCCCAUGUAGCAUAUUUCGUACCCAUGUCUAAAAUAGCUGAUUUCUUGAAAGCAGGCUGUGAAGUAACAAUAUUAUUUGCUGAUUUACAUGCGUAUUUAGAUAAUAUGAAAGCCCCAUGGGAGCUUCUUGCACUACGCACACAAUAUUAUGAAUCUGCUAUCAAAGCUAUGCUGACUUCAAUUGGAGUACCAUUAGAGAAACUUAAAUUUGUUAGAGGUACUGAGUAUCAAUUAAGCAAAGAGUAUACAUUAGAUGUCUACCGUAUGUCAUCUGUUAUCACAGAGCAUGAUGCAAAAAAAGCUGGAGCUGAAGUAGUCAAACAGGUAGAUCACCCAUUGCUUAGUGGUCUACUGUAUCCAUGUCUUCAAGCCUUGGAUGAGGAAUAUUUGAAAGUAGAUGCACAAUUUGGUGGUGUUGAUCAGAGAAAAAUUUUCACUAUGUCUGAAAAAUAUUUACCGCAAUUGAAUUAUGCUAAGAGGAUUCAUUUGAUGAAUCCUAUGGUUCCUGGUUUGACAGGGGGGAAGAUGUCAGCCUCUGAAGAAGACAGUAAAAUUGAUUUGCUUGACAAUCCCAGCAAUGUUAAGAAGAAACUGAAAAAAGCAUUCUGCGAGCCCGGAAAUAUCACUGAUAAUGGAGUCCUCUCAUUUACAAAACAUGUAAUAUUUUCAUUAAUGAAGGAAGGUGAAACAUUUAAGAUUAUUAGAGCAGAUGAUCACGGUGGAAAUGUUGAAUUCACGAAAUUUGAAGAUCUAGAAAAUGCUUUUGCGAAAGAAGAAAUACAUCCUGGAGACCUCAAGGCAUCAGUUGAACAAGCUAUUAACAAAUUAUUAGCACCCAUUCAGGAAAUAUUUAAAGACCCUAAGCUACAAGAGCUUGCUAAGAAAGCUUAUCCAUUACCUUCUAAAGUGAAGAGUAAUGCUGCCAGCUCUGAUGAAGCAGUACCAUCCAGAUUAGACAUAAGAGUGGGUAAGAUUAUUGAAGUGUCUAGACACCCAGAUGCAGAUUCUCUGUAUGUAGAGAAAAUAGAUUUAGGUGAAGGGGAACCUAGAACAAUUGUCUCAGGUUUAGUUAACUUUGUUCCAAUUGAAGAAAUGCAGAAUAGAGAUGUGGUUGUUUUGUGCAAUUUAAAAGCAGCAAAGAUGCGGGGAAUAGAAUCUAAAGGCAUGGUCUUAUGUGCAUCUAUUGAUGACCCUAAACAAGUUGAACCGUUAUUACCACCAAAAGACAGCCAGCCAGGGGAAAGGAUAGUAAUUGAAGGUUACGAGACUGGAGAUCCUGAUGAGGUACUCAAUCCCAAAAAGAAAGUGUGGGAGAAGUUACAGGUAGAUUUGAAAACAAAUGAUGUUUUAUUUGCUGUAUGGCAAAGCAAUAAGCUUGUAAGCAAAGUAACAGGGAACCCAGUUGUUACAAAAUCUAUGAAAAAUGCUCCCAUUAAAUAGUUUUAGGUUACAAAUAUGCCAUUACAUGAUUAUACAUUUAUUUUUUAAUUUAUUUAAUGGCACGAGAUGCAGGUACAUAGGUCAUAACUUCUAUUCUAUUCUUCCUACUGCGGAUUCUGUUGUAGACCCACCCUAUAAGAUUAUAUCAAGGUACAGUGUUAACACACACGUAUCUGUCAUUGUUCUAGAUUAUGAAAAAAUAAGAUAUUGUCUAUAAAAGCUCAGCAUACAUAGUUAUUUACAAUAUAAAUAAUGUUAAGCAUUUUAGUCAUCAAGUAUUUUAUUUUUAUUGCAGCUUGUCAUUAAUGAAAUAAGGACAUUAUUAUUCUGUCAGAAUCGAUAAUCAUUAACGGCCGUUUUCAAUAAUCUAUCUAUCCUUACUUUAACUUAAUAAAGGUGAGACAAAUCUAUCUUUUUACACUUACUUACAUUUCAAUAACCUAUUGACAUAAAGCAUUGGACUAUAACUAUACUGGACAUAACUAUGGAUAGAUAAGAUCUUGUCAUUAAAUGGUGACAGAAAUGUAUCCGUAACUAGAGAUUUAUUGAAAAUGGCCUGAAUUAUUUUGUCAUUUAAUAUUAUAAAAUACAGAAAACAAAAGUUAUAAUAAUUUGUAAUACAAUGUUUGUAAGGAAGGAGAAUCAUUGUUAUGUUGUGAUGUAAUAAAAUUCCUCAGUGUCAUUCUGUUUGAUGAAAUGAAUAGUAACAAUAAACAAAAUGUUGAUCAUAGCAAAGUAUGUCUCUCUCGGAUUUAGAUUACAAUUUUUGUGAAUUAUUGACUGCUUCAGUGAUUUACUAUUUUAACAAAAUAACACUGCUAUUCCAUUUAUAAAUAUUUAACAUGUCUAAUGUGGAAAUUAACGUUACAAUGUAUAUUUAUUAUUGUUGGAAAUAUAUUUGCUUAUUACAGGGAGUAUACAAAUUAA